AUGCGGUGGUCCCUCCUCAUCGCGUGCCUGGCAGGCUUGGUGACUGCUCAGGACAGCACCUCAACCACAGAAAGCAACACCAAUACCAUUACCGAUGCAUCCACGGUUGAGACGGUGACCACCCCUGUCUCUAUACCCUCGGGUACCUAUGAGGAUUUGAGCACAACAAUUACGCUGGGUGACUCGUCUCUGGUCACCACCACCGUCCAUUCCAAUGCCACCAUGACAAGUGGAAACCACACCGUGGUGUCGACGACUACUGACUCGGUUGUUGUAUUGACCGGCGGUGGACAUACUACCACUCUCGGCAAUAACAGCAUGAAUGCCACAGCCACGACGGCCACAAACACAGCUACCAACACCCCGGUGGUCAACACCCGGCCUUGCAACGGAUACGCAGAGUUCUGCGCCAAGAAGUACUCGAACAUCACCAUGGUGACUGCUCACAACAGUCCGUUCGUGCGCAAGAACAACGUCGCUGCUAACCAGGCGUUGGAUGUGACGUCGCAAUUGAAUGAUGGUAUUCGCAUGUUGCAAUUCCAAACUCACUACGAGAACGGUACAAUGUACCUCUGCCACACAACUUGCGAAUUGCUCAAUGUCGGCACCCUCGAGGCCUACCUUACCCAGGUCAGCGCCUGGAUGCGGAAGAACCCGUAUGAUGUGGUGACCUUUAUGAUUGGAAACUACGACUACGUGAACCCAGAGAACUUCACCACUCCGAUCUACAACUCGGGCCUGAAGGACCUCAUCUACACCCCACCCAAGGUGCCCAUGGCUCUGAACGACUGGCCUACUCUCUCUGAUAUGAUCCUCAGAGGCAAGCGUGCUGUCUUUUUCUUGGACUACCAGGCUAAUCAGACCGCACUUCCCUGGUUGAUGGAUGAGUUCUCCCAAAUGUGGGAGACGCCUUUCUCCCCCACAGACAAAAACUUCCCCUGCACAGCGCAGCGCCCUCCCGGCCUGUCCAAGGCAAACGCCAAGAACCGGAUGUACAUGGCCAAUCACAACCUCAACCUGCAGUUGAACUUUGGCUCACUGAGUUUGUUGAUUCCCAACACUGCCGAGCUGGACGUUACCAACGGUGUCUCUGGCGAGGGCAGUCUUGGCUCGAUGGCAGAGAACUGUACCGAGACAUGGGACCGCCCUCCUAACUUCCUCUUGGUCGACUACUACAACUACGGUACCCCUAAUGGCACUGUCUUUGAAGUCGCUGCCAAUAUGAACAACGUCACCUGGAACGGGAAGUGCUGUGGUACAAAAUCUGCUGCGCCGCGCGGAGUCUCCGUUGCCAGUGUGUCGUCGUUGCUGCUGGUGGCAGUUGGAGUGCAGAUGAUCAUGUCCGCAUUCUAA